CUUACCUAAGCUAACGUAAGCGGAUAGACCUCCGCGCCCAAAACCAUUGAAUUCAUCGCCACCCAUCGCCAUCUUCCUUCUCUCUCGCCAAAAAACCCUAACAAUGUCUUCCCCUUCAAUGUAAAUCCAUCCCAAACCCUAACAGAAGCCAAAACGACACCCUUUAACUCCAAAACACGACAAUGUCAAUCGCGUUUCAGAACCUCUUCACUCCUUCGUCCCCUCACUUAAACCCUAAUCUGAAAAACCCUAAUUCAUUUCCUCCAAUCACCACCCGCCAUCUUAGCUUCACCUUAUCCAAUUCUCAAAUUUUGCAUUUCCGGACCCGGAAUUUUCUCAAUUUCAAAUCCCCCCACCCUUCUUCCCAUUCCCUUCUCAAAGCCUACGAAUCCGAUUCUUCAAUUGCCGCCUCACAAGAACAAAACCCUAUAUUUAAUGAUUUCAAUUUAGAUUCUUUUCUCUCAAUCGCUGAAUUUUUAUGCAUUCUUUCUUCAGCUGUUGUUUCGGUUGUUUGUGCCGUUUCGGGAUGGAAAGGUGUCAUUUUGGGUGGAAUUUGGAGGAGGGUUAUGGUGUGGGGAAUUGUCGGAUUGGUGAGUGCGGUUGCCAUUGGGGCGUGGAUUAGGAGGCGGCAGUGGCGGAGGAUUUGUGCGGAAACGGUGAAGGGUGGUGGAGGAGGAAAAAAUUUAAAUUUAAUAGGGAGGAUUGAGAAAUUAGAGGAGGAUUUGAGGAGUUACGCUACGAUUACAAGAGCUUUGUCUAGGCAACUUGAGAAGUUGGGGAUUCGGUUUCGCGUUACGAGGAAAGCUUUGAAAGAGCCCAUUGCUGAGACUGCAGCUUUGGCUCAAAAGAAUUCUGAGGCUACUAGAGCAUUAGCAGUGCAAGAAGACAUCCUAGAAAAGGAGCUUGGUGAAAUUCAGAAAGUUUUGCUUGCAAUGCAGGAGCAACAGGGAAAACAACUUGAGUUAAUCCUUGCGAUUGGAAAGUCAGGGAAGUUGUUUGAAGACAAGCGGGAACCUAGUCAAGAGAAAAAUACAGUUGAAGCGUGUAAUCUGACUGAGGAGGUGAAUCAAAUGGAAAUCAAUCAGACUCAACCUUUAGGUACAAGCAAGGGAUCCGGCAAUGACAGAGCAUAAGAUUUGAAGCAGCGGGUGUAUGUAAUUAACAGCCGUGAUACCAGUUUGUCUAAUCCUUCUGUUUUUAAGGCACUUGGACUCCCAUAGAUGCCACCAGAGCCGUGCUUGGGCAUAAACAUUCCUGAGAAUCUCCUUGUUUCUUGACCCCUGCAGCCGUGCUAAUUGAAGAUGGAAAAAGAGCUAGAAAGGGAUAAAAACAAUAAAAUAAAAUGGGAGACAUGCUAAUUCCUCGUUGAGCAUAGAAACAUGCCAAGGUGAAAGAAGUGGCUUUUUUGUGGUUAGCUUGUAUGUGUAAUUCUUCCUUGUAUGGUAUUCUGGUAAUCAUACCAUUUUUUUUUGUUCUAUUUUCUUUAAUUUAUAGUAAAAUAUUCAAAAAUAGUUUUCUUGUACAUCUUGUUGGCAGCUUUUUUAAUGCUCACCAGCCCUGCGAACUAAUUCCCCUUUUUUUAAUCUGUUUGCCCUACUUUCCA